UGGACGUCUUCAAGGCAGGAUCUGUGUCGCUUCAACAAAUUUUUUUCCAAUGAUUUUUUUGUAUUGCAAGCAAUCAUUUCCUUCACUUUUUUGCAGUAGAAGAGGAGAAUUGAAGAAUAUUACUAAAUAGAAAAAAAGAACUAGAUAAGAAGCUCUUUGAUUGGCUGGAAGAAAUAAUCCAAGCAAUCGAAAAUCGACUUAACCUGCAGUUAACUUCGCAUCACUUGACGACUGGCAGUUACCAUUGUAUCAUUCAUGGAAGAAAAUAUCAACUUGAAAUAGUGAUUAUUAAUAUAUAAAAUUCCAAUUUUUAACUGUGAAAUCAUUAAAAAUAUUCAUCAUAAAUUCUAAUGUUUAUCAAAUACAAAAUGGCGGAAGUUUAUACAGUUUACUUGAAUCUCUCAUACGAAAGAAAAACUUCACGAAAAAAAUUUUACCUCCAUUACAUUCUGCGUUGAAGAAAACAAAUAAAUGCCAACAUUUUCUACAAUUCUGACUAUAAUUAUUAUUGCUGAUGGGAAUAAAUUUCGAAUUAAGGAAAUUAGAAUGUUAUUUACCACAAAACAUUUUUGGAGGUUAAGAAUAAUAUUUCAAGUAUUUUGAUGAGUUUAUUGCUUUUGGAGAGUAUUAGAUGCUUGAAGAUUUACAUAAUCAAAAAUUGAAUCCAACAAAAAAGGAAAUGCCUUGAGGAUUGUGAAUAUUUUUCGAAAAAAAAAGGAUUCUUGUCAUCGUUUUGUUUAAUUUACUCAAUGACACAUUCAACGAUCUCGAGAGACCCUUUAUUGUCCCAAGGGGGUCAUAAGUCGUCGACUAGAGUUUACGAAACGCUUAUCACAUCCCAACUGUGACGGAUUAACGGCUAUCGUGACGAGUAUAUAUAGAUAUAUAUUCGCCUCACGACAAAAUGCGGUUCAACGAUCGAAUUGGAAUCACCGUUCAUGCAUCGACGGCUCCAACUUUUUAAUGAUCUACUCCUCGUUAUCAUGCGUCAAUUUCUUCCUCAACGAUCCUGUGAAAUGUGCACCGGAUAAAAAUGCGGUCGACCUCUUCCGGCAUUAUUAACGUAUUGACGCUAUUACUUCUUUGUCUAAUUGUUGUAUUAAAAACAGACAGUUCAUCAGAUUGUAAUGAAUAUUUGGUUGGACGACGUGGAAUUAUUCAAACACCAAAUUUUCCACGUGCAUUUCCAUUGCCAAUUAAUUGUCGAUGGAUCAUUGACGCAUCCGAAAUUCUCUCAACGAAUGGUUCAAUUGUUAUUUAUUUUACUCAAUUGUUUGUCUAUUCGGGACUUAAAUUCACUGAAUAUGCAUAUUACGAAUCGGAAAAUUCCAAUUUUGGAGGGACAUUACUUAAUGAAAUUAAUGAGGCGAAUAUUUUUCAAUAUCGAUGGUUUAAAACAUAUAUGCCAUUUCUUGUGAUUGAAUUUCAUUUGGAACGACUUGAAGGACAUCAUAUACGAGUUUUGGAUAAUUUACUUGAUGUUUAUGGAUUUAAUAUCACUUAUGAGAUGACUGAUGACCAGGCUAAUCAAAAUAGUUGCACUGUCAAGGAUUGCUCAUUCUCGGGAAACUGCUAUAUUGACGCUGAGUUCACUUCUUUUUCCUGUGGAUGCUUUCAAGGUUUCAGUGGAAAAAAUUGUGAAUUUGGACCACUUUGCAGGGAGAAUGAACAACAUUUAGUUUGCCGUAAUAAUGGCACGUGCAGGCACGUCGGAGCUGCAGCGGUGCGAUGUCAUUGUGCCACCGGAUAUACAGGAAAUGUUUGCGAGAUUCCACCCACGCGCUCACAGGACACUGAUUGCAAGGGAGAAAAUUGUAUACUCCAGUGUUCUUAUCCAGGCGAAAACCGGAAGCCCUGUCAGUGCAAACACAGCAUAAAAAUCUACAAUAAUCGAUCGAGAUACGAAUGUAGGAUAAAAUUGUCCAAUGUCACGUCCCUCCGGGCUACUCUUCUCGCUCAACACGGCACCAUAGAGUCUCUUCUCAGUCGACAGCUUACAAAAUAUUUAAAGAAUGCUAGUAUCACUUCAAUGGAGGACUUAAAAAUCCUGAGCGUGACACCUUCAUCGGAAGUGACGUUUCAUUUUUUCGGCAACUCACAUGAUGGGGAUAAAAUUCGAGAAGCACUUAAUCGUCUCGUUCAACGUCGACGGUUAAACGAAAUCACUCUUGAAUCCACACACUUUACCUUUCAGCAGAAACCAUCACUCAGACUUAAGAGCUUACGUAUCAACCAAGUGAACGAGCAUCAGGUGCGAUUGGGUGACCAAUUCAUUUUAUCUUGUGUUGCACAGGGAAGUUAUAAUAUUGCUUUUACAUGGUACAAGGACAAUAUGCUUGUCAAUAUGAGCAAAGCCACAAGAGAAAUAUGGUAUAGACACUUACCAAAUGAUGGAUCGGAUUUGCAUACGUCUUUAUUGACAAUAGACAAGGCAACUCUUCUCGACGGUGGAAAAUAUACGUGUCAAGUUGUCGAUUGGGGAAUGCAGCAAUGUAAAAGUAUUUAUAUUGAAAUCAAAGAUGAAUCGGACGUUAAAGUUGUUCCAAUGAGUGUGACACUGGAAAAGGGCGGAAGCAUUAAAUUGAUGUGCAUUACACCAAAUAUGAGAAGUCUUGGAAUUGGUUUUGGCUGGACGAAAAAUCGAGCUCUUUUAAAAUUAGAACCAGGAAGUGAAGUUUGGGAAGAUCUCUAUCCAGCCGGAAGUAUUUUAAAAAUUACAAAAGCUCAGAAAUCUGCAAUAUAUACCUGUAACGUUGCCUUAAGGUCAAUGUCAGUUCGUGUGGAAGUUGUGAAUCGAACUUUGAUUCCUCUUUGUCAAAAAGAAAAAUCCUGGGGCUUAGAAUGGUCCGAAACUGGUCCUGGAACAGAAGCACUUCUUGAUUGUCCUCGACAUUUUAUUGGACGUCAUGCUUCGAGGCUUUGCUCAAUGAAAGAUGCAACUUCAACGAGGUGGCAAAGUCCUGAUUUUUCCAAUUGCCUCUAUGAACCAUUAAUUCUUACCUAUAACAAGUUUCGUAGUUUAACACUCGGUUAUCAAAAUACAACUGGUUCUGAAACAAUAAAUGAAUUCUGGAACAUUUUACGAAAUCGAUCAUCCUCGUUCUAUCCCGGUGAAGGUGAUCGGAUUUUAAACAUCCUCGCCGAGAUAGAAUUAUAUCAAUUUAAUAUUGAUGACACGAGAGAUUUGGCCAACUCGGCAGAGUCUAUGAUUGGAAUAUUAAAUAGAAUUCUAGAAGAAGAAAGUGCGAUAUACAAUCAACAGAAAUUACAUCUUUUAAAGCACUUGACUCAGAGAACUUUGACCCAUUGGACUAAACAGUCAAUAGAUGCUCAUAAACAUUUGAGCAUGUCGUCUUUAAUAUUAGAUAUGCAAUCGUUACAAAUGAAAAAUAAUUAUUGGACAAUGAUUGUACCUUCCGACAAUUAUGUAUAUCCAAAUUGGUAUGAUGACAAAAUUACAAUUCGAUCAUUAAGAAAACAAUUUUCUUCAACUGCCAAUUUUUCUGUUACUGGUAGUGUUAUUGUUUUUCGAAAUUUAACACAUCUCAUGCCAGGAAUUUUCGAAAAGAAACUCGAAGACGGAAGCGAUUUAAAAUAUCGUAUUGAUUCACGUGUAAUUAUGGUAACGGCCUCGAAUCAUUUUCCAAAAGAUACAGACAAUAUUUGGGUGGAUUUACAAAUGCGUCAUUUAAGUAAUCAAACAUCAAUGUGGAAUGUUUCGUGUGGUUUUUAUGAUAAUUCUGGAUCAUGGGAUUUAAAUGUUUGCUCACUAACACCAUUGUCAGAGGAAAGAACUGUUCAAUGUUUAUGUCCAAGUACAGGAAUAUUUGCCGUAUUUCUCACAUCUCAAGCGACUAAAAUCACUGAAUUGAAAAGUGAGAAAACACCAUUAAUUGUGGUAUUUGGCUGUGGUAGUUGUUUACUUCAAUGUCUACUUUCUUCAUUGAUUAUCGGACUCUUUUGGUGGAAUAAUCGUACAUGGUUGAACUUUCUUAAAUUACAAUGUUGCGCUGCAAUUAUUGCGGCAAUGGGAAUGUUCAUUUAUGCAGUGAUCAAUAAUAUUCCCGAGAGUUCCUGGUCUAUCGUGGCAUUAAGUCUGGAGACUUUUCUCCUCGUUGCUAUGACAGCGCCAAUAUCUCAAGCGCUAAUCAUUUACGCCGAGCUUACAAACGUCCGUCCUAGCCACCACCUGCAACCAACAGUAAUUGCCGUUAUUACCGGUGUUCCAAUUUUAUCAGUAUUAGCAACGGAAUUAAUUCACAAAAGUGCAGGUUGGCGACAUGAAUCAUGGUGGUUAAUUUUCGGUAGUGGUGUCUAUAAUAUAUUUAUAACUUGCACUGCAAUGAUGCUAUUAAUUUUUGGUUUACUAUACGGUGGAGUGUUACUUAGAAGUCAAGCUCUCGUUAAAAGAAGUAUUGUAAAAAAAGAAUCUAUUAUAUCAAGUGUUCAUAUGGUUCAUCGAACAACUGUUAUUGUUUGUGGAAUUAUCGUUAUGGAGGCAUCAUCGGUAUUUUAUAUAAAUUCAUCAUCAAUUAUUUUUCAUUAUGCAUUUGCAGUUUCGGCGGCGUUGUUGGGAUUCAUUAUUUUCAUGACGUAUGUCGUAAGCAAUGAGCUCAAGUGCUUGAUUUCCAAAUGUAAAGCAAGGCAUAAAGGAGGCAUUGAAGAGGAAUGCAUCUCUGAUCAAAUUAAAGUGUGCUCGAAAAUGAAUCCCGAAGUUGAAAAUGAUUUGGCGCCAACGCAUCUACUCACUGAGACAAAAUAUCGUGAAUCACGUGGAAUAGCGGCCGGUAGUCUUGACAUGAGGGAUUAUAUGAACGAGAUUAUUGCUUAUCCAAAGUCUUCCUCCGUCCCUAUGGUGAAAAAUAGAUUUUUACCCGAGAUUCGUAUUGACAAUACUGACGAUAUAAAUCUUGAGAAUUACAAUACAAGUCCACGUAAAUAUCAAGAAACAAAAUUGGAUACAAAUUUUACAAAUCGACAUUCAUUGAUUGAUUCUUCUUAUAUUCCUGAGGGCUAUACAACAAUGAAUGAAUGUUGUACAACAUUUCGUGACUUUAAUAAAUUUUCAACAUCCCAAGAGAUACCUGUUCAAGUUUGUCUACCAUCGCAAAGUGUCACACCAUCUGAAUGUACGACAACGACAAUUUUAUGUAGUGCCGACGUUGAAACAACAACAAUAGGAAUAAAUUCAAUGCCCGAUGUGACUUUAGCUGUAAAUAGUGAAGUGGAAUUGUUAAAUAACGUAAAUAAUACAGAUCUUGUAAAUAAUAAAAUAGAACACGUUACUGUUAUACCUGACAUUGCAAACACCAUGGAACGUAAGCAACCCGAUGGUGAGGAAAAAAUUGCCGAGCUUAAAUUAUUAAAUUGUGAAACGAACAGCGCAAGUGGAAUGUUAGAUCGAAUAUCUCAUGAUCUUGAUUAUCUGCUCAAUCGUACACAAACGAAUAAUGAAGAGAAAACAUAAUUCUGUCCGAUCGUUCGAUUAUUUCUCUAAUAUAUAUAUAUAAUAAUUAUAUAUUUGACAAAUUUCUUUAUUAUCUUUCAUUCAUAUAUUAUAAUGUAAAAUUUCAUCAUCAUCUUUAUAUAAUUAUUAACAUUUUUCUCAUCAUCUCUCUUUUUUCUAUGAAAAAAAAAAUCAUCAAA